AUGUCCUUGUUUUUAUUUGUUGCACCGACAGUUAGAUUUAUUGCUGGAGAUUUCAAGGUAGGGGAGGAUGUUGUAGUGAGCGAACAUACAACAGCUGUUUUAAACUGCACGUAUUCGACAACUGGAAGGGAAGAUUUGUAUUGGUAUAAAGGCGACGAUGAAGGCACAUGGACUGUGGUCAUAUACGUUCCCAACUCAGAGGAACCUGAAUACCAGACUGGAUUUGAUCGUCACGACAUAGUCGGCCAAGCAUCGCUGCAAAUUACACAAACAGUGGUUAAUGACAGUGACACAUAUUGGUGUCUUAUAGUGGGAUUAGGUGUCCAAACUGAAAUGGAUUCAUUAUCUUUAAAUGUUAUAGAAAUACGAUCACCAUCAAUACCCAUCGUCACAUUAUCCGAAAAUCCAACUCAUGAAGGGCAUAAUGUCACGUUGUUAUGCGAAUCUUACGGUGUCCCUCUUCCUACCUUUGAAUGGAUGAAAGACGGAAUACAAUUACAGGAACAAAAAAGAUAUCACUUUACAACAGAUAUGGGUUCUUUCAUGAUUGUUUCUGUUAGCAGAAAGGACAUGUCAAAUUACACUUGCAUUGCAUCAAAUGAUGGAGGUUCAAAGAAAACUACGGUAUUUUUAAAUGUGUACUACGAACCAGAUUAUGUAUGGCCUACUUGUUCUGCAGAACCUUUAUCUAAUAUAGAAUUCUUAGAAGCUGGUAACAGUAUAACACUUAUAUGCGAAGCUGUAGAUGGUAAUCCAUUUCCGGUAUUACUUUGGUACAAUGGGACUGAAAUACUACCACAAGAUGGAUAUAAUACACCAUCAUCUGAGGACAAGGAAGUAAUAACAAGGAACGAGUACACAUUUAUGCUGACUAAAUAUGACAAUGACAAAAUAUACCAGUGCAAUGGCCACCAUCCAGUGUCUAAUAACUCCUGUGAUACUGGGUUAUUGGAUGUUAAAUUUCCUCCUAGCGAUCCGAUUUGCCCUGAGGCAUAUCUUUUAUAUGCGGAAGAAGACUUGUUUAUACUUACAUGUGAAUCAUAUGACGGAAAUCCGUUGGCGACACUAUCAUGGAUUAAUUGCACAGAUGGCUCUGAAAUGAUUCUGACUACGCCAUCGCCAAAUGGGGACACGAGUGUAGCUACUCUUGAGUGGAAUCUGACUAGAGUUGACAACCAAGGCAUGUAUAGAUGUGAUGCAACCAACCUUGUUCAGACUGAUCCGUUAUCAUGUAUAACUGGACCUAUAAAUGUGACAUUCGCUCCUCUUUAUGUUGACUUGAGUGGUUAUGACGGGUCUGUACACGCAGGGUCAGUUCUGAUAUUAACAUGUAAAUGUGGAUCGAGUAACCCCGCGUCUUCCAUUAAUUGGUACAAAAACAACACAGAUAUCAAUAACAGCGAUUAUGAAGAGGUUGUUGACCAAUGGUAUGAAGGCGGUGAGUUCCACGGAACUGAAACAUUUGAAGACAUGAAAAUAGAUCUGGUUGCUGAACACAACUCUGCCAUAUAUCACUGUGAUGCAAUAUACAAGGGUGAUUAUGUCGUGGUGUCUCAUGUUAUAGUGAUUGAUGUCAAAUUCCCUCCUUCAGAACCAUUUCCCUGUCGGACUAAUUUAAGUGAUUAUAAUGGUCCCGUAUUUGCUGGAGAAGACUUGACAUUGACUUGCACUUCGUGCAGCAGUAAUCCACAAGCUGUUAUUACUUGGUAUUCAAAUGGAAAUGAAAUACUGAAUGGUAUGAGUGAACCUGUGUAUACACAUGCUGAGUUCAAUGGUUAUAGGACUACGAAUGGACCAAUUGUAAUAAACACAGAUGAGGAUCGUGUAUUUGUGGAGGUCAUGCAGACAGCAAACCUGACCUGUCAAAUAAAUAGUAAUCCUGAUGGAAAUAUCACGUGGUAUGGCCCAAGAGAAGGAGAAGUUCUCAAUAUGACUCGCCCAAGAAUUAUUAUAGAAGAAAGAAACUACACAAUACGUACAAGUAUCUUAGUUAUAAAAUACGUUCAACUUGAAGACUAUGGCAACUAUACAUCUGAUUCCAUUCAUGUUAGAACUUCAAAUAGGGAAAUUCCCUUCACUUCCAUAUCUUUCAAAGAACACAUAUCAAGUGGGCCAAUAACACAAGUUAUAGCGGCAGAAAUCAUUCAUAACAAUGGACAGCUCACUGGUUCAAUUGUGAAGAUAUUGAAAGAAGACAUGAAGAGUGAUGCCAAGCAAUGUCUUCUAAAUGAGAUUGAUAUUUUAAAAAAACUGGUACAUGUAAACAUAAUCUCAAUGAUUGGUUGCUGUACAGUACGAGAACCAAUAUUGCUUGUGCUUGAAAACUCGCCUUUCGGAAGUCUUCAAUACUAUCUUCGUGAAUGUAAAACACAACGUCACUCCAAUAUGUCUUCGCUCAGUCACCAGUACGAAAUAAUUGACGAAUUCAUCAGAUUUGGAACAGAGAUUGCAAACGGUUUAUUUUUUCUGGAGGAAAAAGAGUGUGUAAUCCGAAUAUUGGCUGCUAAAAAUAUUCAAAUUGGGCAUAACGCAGUAUGUAAGAUCUCAGAUUUAGGAUUUUCAACUGCUGUAAUGACGUCAGACGAAUUCGAAGUCUAUACCAGUGGUCGUCUUCCGUUGAGAUGGAUGGCACUGGAAGCAUUGCUGGAUUGUUUCUAUACAACUAAAUCAGAUACAUGGUCUUAUGGGAUAGUACUAUGGGAAAUAUUUAACUAUGGUGACACACCUUAUCCUGGUAUGGGCGCUGGUGAUAUAUUGCAUGAACUACAGCAAGGGUAUCGAAUGCCAAAACCAAGAAACUGUGAUGACAGCAU